CCGCAGCCCGGCAUGGAGGAGGACGAGGCGGGCGCGGAGCCGCGGGGCUCCCGCCGCUCGCCCAGCCCUGGCCGCCUGGAUGUGAGCUCCAGCCGCUUCGACCCGCUGCUGGCGCUCUACUCGCCGCGCACGCCGCUGCCCUUCCCCGCCGCGCCCUGCUUCAACAACCUCGCCGAGUACGAGAGCUUCCAGCGCGGCCUGCGCCGCCCGCACGGCCGCCGCGCCGCCCCCGCCCGCCGCGGCGCCCCCGCCGCCCGCGCGUCCCGCCGCGGCCCGCCCGCCGCCGACCCCGAGCGCAUCCGGCGCCUCCGCAGCCUCAUGGUCAACGCGGGCCCCGAGCAGGAGGCGGCUGAGGGCGGAGCGGCGGCGCGGCGGCGGCGGGCACCGCGCAAUGUCCUCACCAGGAUGCCCCUCCAUGAAGGCAGCCCACUGGGGGAGCUUCAUCGCUGUGUCCGAGAUGGGAUCAGAAUUAAUGUCCACAUCCGCACUUUCAAAGGGCUUCGUGGAGUCUGCACAGGCUUUUUGGUUGCAUUUGACAAAUUCUGGAAUAUGGCCUUGACAGAUGUGGAUGAGACUUACAGGAAGCCAGUAAUGGGCAAAGCCUUCUAUGCAGAACCUCAGCUCUCACUGACCCGACUGUUUGACAAACUCAAGCUGCAGGAAUCCUCGGGGAAGAAGGGAGCUGACUCAAAGACUGUCUCAGAGGAGCAGGCCCUGACAAAUGACUCUCAGAUGCUGAGUUUGAAGGCUGGAUCUGGACGAGGGAGAGCAGAAGAGGAGCGUGAGAGGCAGAAACACUUGGGCAGAGCUGGAGAGAAGAAGACCCCGGGUGACAGAAGCGAAGCUGAUGUGGGCAGCAGGACUGCCCACACCGAGGGGGCCAGUGCUGGUGGGGCCCGAGCGAGGAGCCAGUCCCGGAGGAGGAGGAGGCCCAAGGUGGAUUAUCAGCAGGUGUUCACACGCCACAUAAACCAGAUCUUUAUUCGAGGAGAGAAUGUCUUGCUUGUCCAUUUAGCACAUUGACUUGGCUGAGCCUUUGUCAGAGUAUUUAUUUGAUAGCAUGACUUGCUGCUGCAGCUCCCAUUGCUAUUUAGAGUUGUCAUUGAGUAGGACGGUACCGUGGCUGGUUUCCCAUUGCCACCUCAAGGUAGGGGAAAGAAUUGUAACUUGAGCAUCCUGGGCUUGAUGCCAAAGCAGCCUCCUUAGAUCCCUGUUGAGGGUCUCAGGAGAAGGUCAGCAACACAGUUGUUUCUGUGAUAUGAGGGAGUUAAACACAGAUCCCACUGUUUCUUAAAAAAGAAGCUAAAUGAAGAGGGUUGUAAAAGAAUUUUGGUGUACUCUGUUACAGGAGCUACUUGUGGCACACAUUUAAGGAUAAGAUCUGGACUUGCAAUAAAUCAGAAAUGCUCUUUUGCACAUUCUGAUUCAUAUAAAGAGGAAGUUGCUAAUGAAACCAACAGUUUAUCUGCUGCUGUUUACAUGGUUGUCCUCUUUUCCAGACAUAAUUCUGACAGUCAUUUUGAAAUAGUUUAUAAAACAUUGGAAUUUCAUCCUGCUGAUGGCUACUGGCCUCUUUGCCAUAGUUAGCGCUGUAAUGCUCUGUGUGAUAGAAAACCUCUUAGCUACAAACUAUUCUUUUAAUGUGGGUGAUGGCAGGACUGUAAAUUGUUUCCAGUAUCAAAGCUUAGGCUCUUUUUGUAAUGCUGUGUUUUGGCCCCGUGUCACCAGCAAACAGAUGAUGUGGCUGACUCAGAGACCUCCCUGUUUGGAGUUUAUCUGUGGGUGAAGAUGGAAAGCUAUCCUUUUAUAUUUCACCCACUUGCUACUUAGUGUAAGAGUGAAGCUGGCAAAGAUUGGGCUUUUCUCAGGUGUGUUUGUGCUGAGCACACCUGUCCAGUGUUUAAACACUUUUCAGGCUCCCUCUAUUGAAAUCAGAGCUGCUGUGUCUCCAGUAGUUCUCAUGGAGCAGGAAUCUUCAUGGGUCUUUCCUGUCCAUAUGAGGGAUACAUCAUCUAAUUCUAGUUGAGCUUUGGAGAUGUGCCUGAAAAGGUUUUGAAGUGUAGAAGUCAAACUCAACUCAUCAGUGUUUCAUUUUAGCAAGGCUGUUGAAUUAUUGCAGGCCAGGCCAGGGUUCUGCAGGUAUAAGCUGCUUUCCAAAAAACCUACCUGCAGAAGUUUGAGGGUAAAUGAAGCUGUUCCAUUAUGUAGCCUGUUCCCUUUGUUGUCAAAGGAGAUUUCAUGCUGUUAUUCUGUAUUCAUCUCAACUGCCUUGUGCUUUGCAGCAGCUCUGUGUGUUUAAGCUGAAGUUGGGAUAUUGCUUUGUAGCAGGACUUACAUUGCAUAUAGAUGCCCUGAGUUCUCAAAUUGAGUGGCUGUACUGUGGGUAAUAUGGAUUUCUGUUGCUGCAGAUGCAGCAUUCUGCUUGCUUUGUUGUUAGGAAUAUGUCUGGUGUUUGGGUGAAUCACAGAAAUAAUUUAGCAGGCAUUCUGGACACACAAAGCAGCUGUUUGCCUCUGGGGGAGCUUGAAACUUAUGUCAACAAUUCAUAUGAGAUGGGGCUUGAUGAGCUCAGCCACUGAGCUCAAAGCCAAGUUCAGCCUGGGACAGAAUAAAAAGUACUGUUGAGGCAAAAUAGUUUCAUCAAGGGAAAAAAAAAAAGAAAAGAAAAAAUUAAAUACUCUUUACAGAUUCUUCUGAAAUGUUGCUUUACUGCUGUAAGUCCCACCCGUCUGUGAACUGAGACUAGGCACUGAAAAGAUUCUUCUCAUGGAGGUUCUUGUUUCCCCUCCUUCCUUCUGUACUCGUGUGCUCUGCAGUUUUUCCUUUUUUUUUCCCUGUUUUUUUUUUCCUUUCUCCUGUCAGUACUUUGUCUCCUCAGGACAUUCUAAACUCCGGUUUACAAAGACUGCUCUUGUUGUCCUGGCUUUCUGCACCCUUUCCUGGUUGGCUUUCUAUGUACUGACCAGAACCCUCACAAAUUACUAGAAACAUGUGAAGCUAGAAACAAGGUGCUUAUCUCUGCUUCUGACUUCCCAGCAGCUUUUAUUGCAAGUGAAUAUUUUCUUCCUUAUGUUUGUGGGGAUUUUCCUCUCUGUUUUCUGACAGCUUUGUUCUUAUUUCAGCUGCUUGGGAUAAUUCCUCUCUGCCUUUUCUAUUAGUACCAAAGGCCACUGGUUCUGACCUCUCCUCUUUCUUUCAUAUUUGACCAAAGGGUGUCAGAUCACCCUCAGGCUGAUAUACAGUGACAUUUCAUUGAAUUCCUGCUUUUCUUCACCUGAUAUUCUUAAUUCUGUUUGUCUGCCUAGUUUAUGCCUUGUGCAUUAACUAAGAUACAACUACUAUGAAUGUUUUUGUGGCUGUGCUGCCCUUCCUAUCAAUUGACACUUCCCCAAGUUCUCAGUUGCUUCUGGAAGUCUCAAUGUUUCCUUUCAUAAUGGGUUUUUCUGUGAAACCAUACAGAAGUUUGUUGCUUCACAUCUAUGAGUUUCUUUGUUUACAUUUUAUGAAAAAUGCUGGUGCUUAGACUUAAGUUUGUGCCUUGAUUUUUAUAUCAUCCCUGACCUGUUCUUCCAGAAUCAUCACUUUGGUGAGCAAACCUAGUUAAGGAUUAUAGUUUAUCUACUUUUUUUUGCACUACCUCAUUGUUAGAAUGUUCCUCCUCUCAUCUGUGAAGUUGGUUAAACUGCUGUCUUCCAGUUUAGAUUUAAUGAAUUAUUUGUUGGUUCUUCAUUUGUAUCCUACUUUUCUCAUUGUCCAUUUUUCUCAUUAUUUCCAAGCUGCUUCCUAAAUACUGCUGCUUCCUCUUCUACAACUUCAGAUCUUCCAAAAUGUCUUCCUUUUCCCACUUUUUCUGGCAUUGUGUAUUUUUAAAAUGCAUUAUUAAAACCCUGUUUUACAGAUUUUGUAUCUUUCAAGCAUCAUGAGUGUGAUGAAGCAAGUGAUCCUAUAGGUGUGCUGUCACUUGCUUGUUCAAUACUUCAGAUAACAUUGCUCUUUAAAUAAAACUGAAUGUCAUGUUCUGAAAUGGGUUCUUCUACCUCACUGAAAUAUUCUCCUAAAUUUGUUUUAAAAAGAAAAAGAAAACAACCUUUGGAACCAAAUGGGCUGUAGUUGUCAGUGUUUUGGUUUUUUUUUCAUUGUUCUUGUUGUUUCUUUCUAUGAUUUUUCUUUUCCAAACUCAACAUAAAAUUUUUUGUUAAAGAAGUGUUUUGUUCCCAGCCUUUCCUCUCUUGCUGCAGUGAUGCUGUGAGCACGAACACACCAAAGUCUUUGUGCUAAGGAAUGAAGAGUAAGAAACAGAGAGCCACGUGAGAGUGAAAAAACUGGGUAGAUAUGAAAGCCUCCCUAGAAAGGAUCCACUGGUUGCCACCUAUCCUGUGUUUCUAGGACUUUGCUCAGCCUGGUGCUCAGCAGUGGUUCUUAAAGUGUUUUUGGGGUGAGGUACUGCAUGGAGCAGUUUUCUGCAAAAACUUCAAAGAAGCAUUGGGAUAAUCUGUGGAAGUUUUAAAAUAAUUUCUCAUUUCUGGGAUUAUUUCUUAGGAAAUGUUUUUGCACAGGUGCUUCAUUUUUAUCAAACACUCCUUGGGUUGUAGUUUUAGAAAAGGUAAAGGCAAAGGGAAAAAAGCUUAUAAAAAAGUGUGGGUUUGGUUCCUUCUCUCAACUUACUUGUCCAGCUUGUUAAUUGCCUGGAAGGGUUUUUCAGACCUAGAGUGAAGUUCUUAGCAUGUCCUUUGCAGGUGAUUUCUGAAUUAAUCAGUGAGUGCUGUUUUCCAUCUGCUUCUUCUCCUUCAGUGUUUGGAUUCAUUGUUUCUUGUGCAGCAUUCCUUCUGCAGGGCAAUGUCUCAGCAGGAACAGGCCUGAGUGCCCACUGG